AACAAAGUGAUACUCACAGCAACUCCAGGCCUCCCUCCUGAAGAUUUUGAAGCUGAAACGAUGGUUGAUUAAGCUAAUAGCUAUAACCUAGAUAAAACAGUGCACAAAUCAGAUUUUGGCAGCUAAAAAUAGCCCAGUGCUUAUGUUUAAGUUUGGCAGGUAACACGCAAUUGAACUUUGACCUAAGGAAUGUGAGUUUACCCUUUGACACACGGAUGUCGUACCUCCUGGUUUUCGCCCGCUAGUAAGUGGGGGUGUGAUCAGUUAAUUAUAUCCGGUAACGGUCGGCGGGAUUUUAUAAGCCAAAAAGUUGCACACAAUUUUUCAAAUUGUGUGCAAAGAGGUGUUGAAGUUUUCACUGCACGGUUCUUUCAUUCAUCAGCUGACCUUCAAACUUUGCGAUGAUGCUCACUCAGCGACUGGGCGUACUAGCGCAUGACUUUACAAAGCAGUGUCGACUUUCCUCCUCCAUCUCCAGAACUGAGGAGAAAACCAGAGAAAGCAAGCCGUCAAGUUGUUCAGAAAGAUACCACACAAAGAGAAUGGAAGAUCAAAGAAAUCUGCACGACUUUUAUCAGCUGGGCGAGACUAUAGGAAAUGGAGGAUUUGGAGCUGUUUAUGCUGGUGUCUCGAGAUUGUCUGGAGAUUCUGUUGCAAUCAAGGUCAUUCCCAAGUCAAAAGUGUAUGGAUGGGCCAAGAUGGGCUCACAAGUUGUUCCAAAAGAAAUCGCCCUGUUACAUGGUAUUGACCACAAGUUCAUUAUCAAAAUGAUUGACUACUUUGAAGACAUUGAUCACUUCUACAUAGUCAUGGAACGGCCUGAGAAGUACAUUGACAUGUUUGACUACAUCACACAAAAGGGUACCGUUAGCGAGAGGUCGUCACGAUUCCUUUUUCGACAAGUAGUGGAGGCAGUUCAGUACUGUCUGUCUGUGGGUGUGGUUCACAGGGAUGUCAAGGACGAGAACAUUCUCAUUGACUUAAAGAAUAACCAGAUCAAGCUCAUCGAUUUUGGGUCAGGCACAUUCAUGCAUGAUGGAAUCUACACUGAAUAUGAAGGUACUCGUGUGUACUGCCCGCCUGAGUGGGUGUUGAAGCAUCGUUACCAUGCUGUGCCUGCCACUGUGUGGUCCCUUGGUAUUCUCCUCUAUGACAUGUUACUGGGAGAUGUGCCUUUUGAGAAGGAGUCGGAAAUUGUGGCGGGUCACUUGCCAUUCCAAGUGGACCUAUCACAAGAAGCAAAGUCACUGAUUCAGUGGAUGCUAUCAUUUUGUCCUGAUGAACGACCUUCAAUUGAUCAAAUCCUCAAUCAUCCCUGGAUGAAAAUGGGCUCCCCUGCAAAGACUGCUUCAACCACACACUCACAACCCACCGCUCACAGCUCCCCCUAUCAGACUAGAGCAGCUCUCUCCUCGACGUACACACCACCCGUACAGACACGUUCAAAGACACAGCAACGACCCAGCAGUGCUGCCGGCCCCCCGUCCAUCAUUUCAAAGGCAUCUCCUAGCAACAGCCGUAACGGAAGUGUGAGUGGUGGGGAUGGAGCCUCCAGUGGACCAAGAGCCAAAGCUGAGAGUAGACUGCCAAGAACUCCUCUCACUAGUAGCAGAAAGACUCGGUUUCAGCCACUUAGAAAUUAAUUUAUUGUCAUGAGAGCACACCAAUCAAUCAAUUCUAUUGCACAGGCAGAUGGUUCAUAUCACUUAGCUAAAUUCUUUGAUCAUGCUAUUACACAGGUAUAAUUAUUAGGUAUAAUUAUUAGGUAUGGAUUGUUUAUUUUUGAUUUGGUGUUGUACACCCUAUUUGUGCCAUUAAUGGUUGUGAAGUACAUGAAAUGAAUAAAUAAA